AACAUGUUCUUCAAAUAUGCUUUAUUCUUUGUUAAUGAUUUUCAAACAAUCGUUUUCGCGAAUCAUGGAUUUUGAAUGCGUUGCCACAGCUUUCGCUUACGCUUCGCAAAUUUUCGUUUGCUGUUUUGGCACAAACUUCUCGUGGGGGCGGGCUUAACAGCGAUCUACUCUGAUUGGCUAAUGAGAUUUUGAUGGACAGUUGCUCUCUAACCUGGAAGCACAGACGGUGACGUCAGUGGAGCGCAUAUCAAAAAGUUGUUGCGGUGUGCAAUACGUCGUGCCUUAUGUUAAGUAUUAUUGUUAGUAUUUUACCUACGGUCGGCUCUUUCUAAAGAUGGCCUCCCGGGAGAGACACGGAGCGGCAUCAUCUUCCACCUCAUCUUGUCCCUCAGGGCAGCUUGAAGUAAGUUCGUGUUGCUAAAGUAACGUUUAUCAAUAACAUCAAUCAAAGUUUUAUUCAUGUACAGUGUGCAACAGUUCUGGCUUUAUUUAACACUUUUAUUGUUUAAAUGUUGUGUUUAGAAACGUUAUACAUUUUUGGUUUAUUGUGUAAAAACGUUUAAUGUAUAUCAAGAUACAGUGUAUAUAUAUCAAUAUAAAAUAGAUAUUGCCUUUUCUUUUAAUGCUACUUGGUCAGGACCAAAGACAAGUCACUUUUCCAGGUAGGCACUGAAUGAUUGCAUAUAAAUUCUAAAGCUUACAGAAAGCUUAUCUGAUGCCCAAGAGUUCUCUCAGAUGCCUAAAGCUGAAUGUAAGAAAUGCUUUAAAUCUAUGCCACUACAGAUUCUUGCUCUGCACGUGAAGGAAUGCAACACUGCUGAAUAUGAGAAACUUUCAGACUCAGAACCAGAGCUGUCCAAUCUACCUCCUGAUUCACCCGAUUUAUCUCCUGCUACUGAAGAAAAGAGUUGCUGGGGAAAUAUUUGCCAUCGAGGAGACUUCAGACCUGUCGAAAUACAGUGAUCAAAUAAUGAGCUGUGGCUACACUGGCCCUAUAAAUGAGCAAAACAAGGAGAAUAUAAAGAGAGCAAUUGCAAUGCAUGCCGCUGCUCGACGGACUCGUAUGCUUCAACAGCUCCGUGAGGGUCUCCAACUUUACCGUCUAGUGGAUAUCAUGGAGAAGAACAAAGAAGUUUGCCGUAGCCACUUUGUUUUUGAAGGUGGCAAUGAUCAGGUGGACUCUCAAUACAUCGUAUCACAUCUUGACCCCAAAAUGAGUGAGAGUGGCACUCUAAAGCACAGCAAAGAAAUGCAAAUCUUGAAUAACUUCCAGGAUUUUCUUAUGGAACUCGAAGAUGGAGAUCCUGAGGAUGAGGAGGCACUUUGUGUGUCAAAAGUAAUGCAGUGGCUGUCUGGUCAAGCACACGUGCAUUUGCUUCUUUCAGAAAGACAAGCUUUUAAAAUCACUGUUCUAUUUGACCAUACAUGCAUGGAACGUAUGCCAGACCACAGAAUUUGCUACCCUGUGGACAGUGCAUGGACCCAGACAAUCACAUUUCCCACUGCACAUUCAACAAGUUUAAAUCAAUUUAAAGAAAACAUGAGAAUUGCAGUGCAAUAGGGAGCUUACUUUUACAGGGUUUAGAACAGAUUUGUUAAUACACUUCUUUGUCCUUUUAAUUGGACUUGGAGCUUUUGAAACAAGAGAGAGACACUAUACUUUGUCAUUUGUUUUAUUUUUGAAAGAGUGGCUUAUAAGAUUUCAAAACAUUGCUAUGACAUUAGUUUUACAUAAACAUUACAUGUGUAUUCUUGUGAAUUAAAUUUCUGAUGG